GAUACUGACUGCAUAUCUUGGAUGGUGUGAGUGUUGGGUUCCUCCACGGUUAACAGUUUUUCAAUUUUGUGAUUGUGGAUUUGGAUUAAAAUCGCUCCUGCAAAAUGGUUAAUACGAAAGGAUAUCGCCGCGGAACGCGGUAUAUGUUUUCGCGAGGAUUCCGCAACCAUGGUCCCGAAAAGCUGUCUACGUAUAUGAAGGUGUUCAAAAUCGGAGAAUUCGUGGACGUCAAAGGCAACGGUGCUAUCCAGAAGGGCAUGCCUUUCAAAUUUUAUCACGGGAAAACGGGACGUGUGUUCAACGUCACAAAGCGCGCUGUUGGAGUGAUCGUUAAUAAACGCGUCAGAACCCGUAUAAUUCCCAAAAAGAUCAAUGUCCGAAUCGAGCACGUCCACCACUCCAAAUGCCGACAGGAUUUUGUCGCUCGCGUCAAGGACAACGAUCAGAGAAGGAAGGAAGCCCGAGCCAGCAACAAGAUCGUGGAGUUGAAGCGACGACCAGUGGAACCCCGAAAACGACACGUGGUCAAGACCACCAAGAAUGAACCGGAAUUCUUAUCGCCUCUUCCAUAUGAAUUUGUUGCAUAAAAUUUCAUUGGAACACUUCGAUUGAUCUUUGAAGUUGAUGCUAUCGCGGUCAUUUUCAAUAAAUCUUAUUCUGAAAUAUAAAA